AUGCAACGUUACGAUCGCGCUAUUACAAUUUUCUCUCCAGAUGGACAUUUAUUUCAGGUAGAUUAUGCCCAAGAAGCCGUCAAAAAAGGUGCUACUGCUCUUGGUGUAAAAGGAAAAGAUUGUAUUGUUAUUGGUGUUGAGAAAAAGUCAAUUCCAGCUUUACAAGAUGAUCGUACUAUUCGUAAAAUACAUAAAAUUGAUGAGCAUGUUAUGAUUGCUUUUGCUGGUCUUAGUGCUGACGCAAGAGUUCUCGUUGACUAUGCUCGUUUAGAAUGCCAAACAUACAAAAUGACAUUGGAAGAUCCAGUAACCGUUGCUUAUAUUGCACGUUUUCUUGCUAAUACAAAACAGCGUUUCACUCAAAGUCCUGGUAGAAGGCCAUUUGGUAUUUCUAUGAUUGUUGGUGGUUUUGAUUUUGAUGGAACUCCUAGACUUUAUAAAACUGAACCAUCUGGCACAUAUUAUGAAUAUCUUGCUAAUAGUACAGGUCGUGGAGAGAAACCAGUACGUGAAUAUUUGGAAGAACAUUAUAAUGAGGAAAAUGUUAAAGAUGAAGCAGCAUCUCUUAAACUAGUAGUUAAUGCCUUAUCACAAGUUGUUCAAUCUGGUGCACAAAAUAUUGAAAUUGCAGUAAUGAAAUACAAUCCAGAUGCACCUCAUCAUACAUCUCAUAGGAUACUUCCAGUUGAGGAGGUCGAACAAUUAUUAAAAAUUGUUGAAACUGAACGUGCUGCUGCUGAGGCUGUUUCAAAGACUAAAAAACAAUAA